AAUGAAGGUCUGCUGUCAGAUCAGCAUAAUGUCAGUCCCAUGCUCACCAUCACAGCUCUCAUCAUGUUCAGGAUUAUGGCAUCCAUCUUCUUCCUCUGCAGCGUCCUGACGUCUGCACUCUGCUGUGAUUGGCUCAGCCACCACAGCCACCUGAGGAACACCUCCAUGGUUCUCAUCAAGGAAAUGGGAGGUCCGUUCAGUGACAGCCAGACGAGUCCGACGUCAUUUCCAUACAAUCUGUACAAGAGGACGGAGAGGAGAGAGGUGAACUCCCAGCUGCUCUUCAUCAGAGACAGCCUGAGGCACAUUUAUGAUCUGUAUCGCUACAACGCGUUGCCGGCUGACUGGGAUGCCGUGAAGACCAAGGACUUCCUGGAGAGCAUCAACAGGCAGAUCGUGGAGCUCGACCAAUGUGUGGAGUCAGGGCACAAAGAGAAACUAAACAAGAAGCUGAAACGUUACUACAAACUGCUGAAGAACCGGAUUCAGAACCAAUACGGCAACAGCAAAGAUGGCUGGGAGCUUCUCCGGAAUGAGACCAAAAAUCACCUGCUGAGACUGGAUCUGCUGGGGAACCUGCUCCAGGCCGCCAGCAGGGGGCGCCCCGCGGCGCAUCUCCGAGAUUCCACUGGAGCGAAUUAAUGGAACAUUUAUUUCAUUAACUUAUUUAUUAAGCUAUUUAUGAACAAUGUGUUAUUUAUUGAAAUAUUUAUUGUUGAAAGUGGAACAGUAUUUUUUGUACUUUUUUAUAUUUUUAUUGUAAUACAUUUUGAAACAUCUCAUUUGUCGAGCAGUUUGUGUUUUUGGAAAUCUAAACCUGGAAAGCAGUAGAAUGACAUGAUCAGUCAAAGCAAGACAAGGGAGGAUAAAUCUAUCCUGAUAUUCACCGUGAAUGAACGGAUUGUUUAUUUCAUCCAAGCUUUGAAUAAAAUCCAGGAUCUAUCACCUCCAUCCAGUCUUGUAACACACUGAGACUGUUUAACCAGUAUAACAUCAUGAAACAGUGGCUGCGUUUCCAUUAAUAAUGUGACAACUCUUUAAAAAAACAGAUGUACACGUGUGAUGUAUUCUUUGCUGCUUUGUUGUUGGAAUUACCCUCGUCACAAUAUAAAUGGAAAAAGUAAAUCCUUUAUCAUCUCGGGUGACAGUGGCAAAGACACAGGCAGUGUGGAGUAAACCGCUCUAAUUUAAAGUUAGAUAAGAGUAAAUAUUUAACAAAAACUUUUUGACAGUGGGAAGAAACCACAGCCUAUUAGG